CCCCCCCACAUGCACAGUGGUGCCGCCGACCACACUCGCCGGGGCCGCCGCUGCCCGCUGGCGAUACGCUGCGACUCCAGCAUCGGUGCUGAUUCGACAGCUGCUCCUCUCUCCCGGUACGCCCCUGCUCCCACCACACCGAGGUCCGAGGAGAGCUAUUGGUUGCGGCCACCGGAGACGAGACGAGGCGCCGACCAUUGUCGCCGGGGCCGCCGGCGGCGAUCCGCUGCGGUUCCCGCAUCGGAGCUGAUCGAUCGCUGCCCCUCUCUCCCGGCAAAUGUGAUCUUCAACCAAACAGCAUAAGCCCGUGCUUGCCUGACAGGGCAAUAUUGAAAAGUUCUCAGGCCAUCCCCAGGCAACUUCUCCAGGAUCCCAAUGAAAUGCCCCUAAAACUAAAUCUGUGAACUAUUUUUUUUUCUUUUGGAGAGGAUAGUUAUUUCUCUUGCUGAUUACUACAUGUGUUGUGUUGUGCCCCUGAGUUGGUAGCUGGAGAUGGAGCUGCUGCUUCCAUUUAAGAUUGGCGAUCUCGCAGAGUACAAGUGCUUCCAAGCCGGUUACAGGGGUGCAUGGUUUCGCUGCAAGGUACAUAAUAUGCGUGUCAACGAGUCUGCUGGAUACCUGGAGUAUUACUUGGAUUAUAUUGACUAUACAAGUGAAGAUAAGGAAUGGGUCCAGGUCUUUGAAAAGAACCCAACAAGCUCCAAAAAAAAUUCAAAAGAGAGUAUUCAACUCAUGAUAAGGCCUUCUUUUCCUCAAUGGUGUUAUGGACAUGAAGUUCCUGAGCAGUUCCCAAAUAGUGUUGUCACAGCAAUUGUUGAUGAAGCUUGGAAAGUAGGUGAUCUAGUUGAUUGGUUGAAUGAAGGUUGUUACUGGUCUGGGAAAAUUACUAAGUUACUCGAUGAAGAUAGGGUGGAGGUGAAGCUGCUGGCACCUCCCAUAGGUGAAGGCAAGCGUUAUCCUGCUAAUCGUAAUGACCUGAGGCCUACUCUUGAGUGGUCCUUAAUAAAUGGUUGGACGGUACCUCUUUCACAGGCAAAUAAAAAAAGUUGGCAUGUUGCUCAUCUACUUCGACAUUCUAAAUCUGAAUCAGAGAAGAGCACCUCAUAUGAAGAGUUGUUGUCAGAUGAUGAAUAUGGUGAUAACAGCGGAGGUGUGCAGCUAUCAAGAUGCACAGCUUCGAGUACAUCCCAGGGAGGUCCUGUUGCCCUGGCACCUCCAUCAGCCAGAGACAGUGCUUCCAGCCCAAAGGCUCAAAAGGAUGGUAAUCUCCCUUCCGCAGAGAACCUGAAGCCAAACUCACCAGACCCCAGCCAUGGCACUCAAUCUGCUGCAAUCAGCAGGCAACCUUAUGGUAUCUGAGCAACUGGCAACCAAGAACUGGGUACGGGAAUCUCAAGCAAGCAAGCAAGAGCAGAACUGGUCCCUGGUAGAAGCUGAGGCUGAUGGUAAUGGUCAAGAUGAGUUUCUGGAGAAGCUAGACACGCUUGAAGCCAAACUCAAUCACCACAUUCAGCACACACAUAUGGAACAGAAACCCUGAGCCGAAGGAUGAUGCGUGAGGCAAGUGAAGUGGCUUUGAAGGUGCAUCUUCACCCGGGAUCAUCGAGUGUGACUGCCUAUUGUUGCUGAAUGUUGAUAAAUACCAUGGAUAUAGAAUGUGGUGCUGAAUGUUGUUGUGAGCUGAUUGUGGGGAAUUGUUUGUUGUAGAAGCAGGAUACGGUAAUCCUGCUUAUAGUUGCUGUUAAGCCAUGAAUGGUUGAUGAACUUGUAAAUACUUCAUUUUGCAGAAGCCGAGGGAAAUGCAUUGGUGAGAACAUCAUUUCUGAUAUGUAGUGAUUGAGUUUUCUGACAUCUUAUUAACCAUC